AUGGAUUCAGAGCAAGGAGGAGUGUCUGCAGCGGCCCCUCUCUUCACCACAACUUUAUCGGAUCCUGCAACCCUUCCCUCAACAACCGCCAUCGUCGCUCAGCCCGAGUCCGAUCACAUACGAGCAAAGUCGUUAAAAAGAAGCCGAGCGGAGCAGUCACAGAACCCUGGAAAUCUCACAUCCAUUGCAAACGCUGGGUUAGGGGCUUCACCGUCUCCAAAGUCGCCACGGUUCAAGGGCACAUUUUCGCCAGGCUUUACGCCUAUCCCCCUCACAGGAGCCGCAGCACUGGCUGACGAACAGCGAAAGAGGGAGGAGACUCAGAGGACUCAAAGCAACCAACCGCCGGCGAUGAGUGAGAACCCAGGACACAAGGCUUUAUCCUCCCUUAUGGCCGGAGGAGGCAUCGGUAUGAGCAAACCGCAAGACGCACCCGUUGCAACAACUGCUAUGAGCGAAGGCUUGUCAACCGCGGCGAAUGCUAUCUCAAUCCCGAGCCCUAUGCAGUUCGAUGAGAAGCCAGAAACUAGUCCUGCAAGUGUCACAAGCCUUGCCAGCCUAGGAAGUACAGCACCAACUGCUACAGCAAGCUCAACUGCUGUCGCUAGCCCUGCAGCAUUGACGAGUGCCAUAGAGGCCGAAGCUAGAGAAACAAGACCUGGAAAUGUCAACCAGUUGCAAGCUGCCGACGAACAGUCCUCGAAUCGCGCUCUAUCCUUUCCUGGCAACGUAAUGGGCCGUUCAGAUUCACCACGAGCACCACCGCGGGGUCUAAGCCUACCAAUGCCAGGACAAAAUCAACAACUAGCGCCAAGAUCUCCCUCGCAAAAGAAGCAUAAAUGCCCCUAUUGUGAAACUGAGUUUACCCGACAUCACAAUCUCAAGAGUCAUCUUCUGACCCAUAGUCAAGAGAAGCCUUACGUGUGCCAAACAUGCACAAUGCGCUUCCGCAGACUGCACGAUUUGAAGCGCCAUAUGAAAUUGCACACUGGGGAACGCCCUCACAUUUGCCCAAAGUGCGAUCGGAAGUUUGCUCGUGGUGACGCACUUGCACGACACAGUAAAGGUCAGGGUGGCUGUGCUGGACGAAGAGCCAGUAUGGGGAGUUUUGGGGGAGACGACGAUUUUGAGGGCUCAAAUGCAGGGGAUGGCGAUGAAGGGGCUAUGGAUGGGGUAAUGUACACGAAUGGUACCCCGCAUCCCAACGAAAACGAGAUGUCUGAAGAAGACCGUCGGCGAUUCAGUCUCCCUAGUAUCAAAGCCCAACACGUCUCUGGUCCUGGGAGCGGAGACAGCUAUUCGCCACAUUCGCGAACACCAAGUACGUACCCUCCAGCGGGACCAAGGCCUGUUCAACCUUCAGGGGGUCUUUAUCCUCCGAACACCGACAGGGUUGGUUCAUCUAGCUCAGGAACUUCACCAAGCGUGCAAAACAGUGUUGUUGGGGGCCACACUCCUAACACUAGCAUAUCAUCCCUGCCACUUAGCACUGGGGGCAAUUCUAUGUUUUCACAGGCUGGAAUGACAGAAAGCCCCAAGCCCUUAAGCCCAGCCGGAAUGCAUUCUCAUCAGUUGGGCCAUGAUCCUUCGUCUAUCAACCGGCAGAGAUCGCCAAGCCUGACUACUCAAUUUCAGCAGCAGCACUUUGGCCGUCGACAAUCAGGCAGAGGAUCACCUCCUGGGAUGUCACUUCCCUCUCCCCAUACCUCACACGGCCCUAAGCUUCCUUCCCUUACAGGUCUGGCACCUCCCGAUCAGAGAUACACACUGCCGAGCCAAACACCGAACCAGCAAAAUACUUCGAACGGAACCCAUAGCGGCCAGCAAGGUCAACCAGGCCCUGGUCCUACAUCUCCAAGCGCAAUAUAUCAGCCACAGGGAGGCCAGAUCCCGGGUCGUGGACCCCCCACUGGGCCUCCUCAUCACCAAGGGCAAGGGAGCGGAAAUAGUGACAGUAACAAUUUGUUCGCUGCUGGUGACCGAGGUGUCUGGGUCUAUGUUCAAACUUUAGAAGACAAGGUCAAACAAUUGUCUGAAAAGGUCCUCGCCAUGGAGACUAAGGAAAAGAGCCAGGAAGACAAGAUCAACAGACUUUCCGAAGAGCUUUCCUUUUUGAGAAAUAAACUAAAUGCUCAAAAUCCACACCCGCCUGCAGCGGGUCGCUCAUAA